AUGGCCAGCACACCGCGGCCACGCGGCCCUGGGGGCCAGUCAGAGUGGCGCGUCACCAAGCUGCGGGAUGGCGCGCUGGUGGGAGCACAGCAGGUCCUUGAGGAGGAGUUGGCAGUUGGACUUCAAGCCAUCAGCCUUCACUGCGUCAUGCUCUUGGGCCGAGCUGCACAUCUCAGCUCAGAGGAGACGCAUCUUUGCGGCCCUGCCUCCGCGCGGGAAGCCGGAUGGUCGAAGUGGUGGUCUUCAGAGAUUCAAGACGCUGCAGGCGGACAGAUCCAGACACAGCCGCUGGUCAUGUGCCAGGAGCCUGUACCUGUGCCAAAAGUCAUCGAGACAGCGCAGGGGCUGCAGCUGGCACCGGCAGCGGAGGAGUUCAUUCGCUUGGAGGGCCACCAGUGGCGCACUCAUUGGGAGCAAGGACGGGGGAGCGUCUACCAGAUCGAGCAUUUCGGCCUUCGGGGCGAGGGGGUCUUAGUGCCGGACUUUGUGUGUCUAGAGAAGCCCUUGGAAGGCCCUAGCCUUUGGUGGGGCACUGAGCAGCGAGAGAUGUCUUACUUAGCCAAAGGUCUCGCUCAGCAAGCGAAGAGGGUGGAGCACGCUGCGAAGAUGUGCGUGGCUGAUGUGAUUCACCACAUUCGCAGCUCCGACAGCUACACGUUGCUUCUUCCCGUUGCGCGCUUGAGCUUCAAGCGCUUGGCCAGCCCUCAGAGCUUCAGCCGUGCCAGUGCCCGGCGCUUUCCCUUCUACGUGGACUCAGUGCAGACGGGUGCCAGGUUGGAGCUCUCGGUGGUUCCAGCACUGAAGACGCGCAGCGGCGACCCGGACCUCUUGGACGCCGAGCAGCUCGCGGAGGAGCUCGGCGCAGAGCUGGUGCCCUUGUCCGGUCGCCGGGGGAAGCUUUGCGUGCGCCGUAUGGGCGGGCCUCCACUGCAGCUCGCGGCACUGGGCGCGCCACUGGAGGAGCUUUGCCAAUAUAUCAACACCAACUGGGUGGAUGCCUUGUUCGCCCAGCCCACGACCUGGGCGCGGCUAUUCGUGCACGUUCGCACCUCUCAAAGCUUGGAGGCCAGUCUGGGACAUGUGCCGGGCUGUGGUGUCUUCACCCGGCAGCUCCACGAGCCCCUCUGCAGAGCUUGCGGAGAGGGCACGGCAGUGGGCUCGGAGCAGAUCGAGGAGACCUUGAUUCCCCUGUGCAAAAGCUGCGCCGCCUUUGUAAAGGGUUCUGAAGGCUUCUUCUCCAAGGAGAAGCUGGCACAAUACACCUCGCGGCCUCCGCAGGAACUGCAGGGCGCUUUCGAUGUGCAGCUGGAUGAUACCCUGAAAGUGCUCUCCUCCAACAUCACUCCCAGCUGGCGUGGGAUCGUGCCCGAGGACUGUGCAGUGCUGGCUGCGGGUGGUUUACUUUCCUUGAAGCCGCCCAGACGUGGAUGGCCCGAGGAUUUGGAGAAGCAAGUUCAUCGACAGCUUGGCAUGGUCAUUGGCUGCGAAGACGAGUUCCUGCGGAUCACAGCCACGUCCACCGAGGCGGAGACGCCCAAUCGGAUGGUGGCUUUCGUGUUGAUCCACCCUGCAGUCUUGCAAGCAGGCAAAGAGGAUCCCAAGGAGUUCAUUGAUCCGCAGAUGCCGCUCCAGUGGUUUCGCAGGCUGGAAUCGGAGUUGGCACGGAUGGCGAAGAACCAAGUGCUGCGGGUGAGGUGGGCGAAAACCGAAGAGGAUGUGGCCGUUCCCUUGCUGCUGAUCAGCGACGAAGAACGUGUUUUGCUGCCUUGCAGCCUGUUCCUCCUGAAGAACGACCAUCCGCCGGUGGUCACUCCGACUCCGACUCCCGCGACAGCACGGAGAGCUUCCUCGAUUCCAGGUGACCUGGGCCUGGCACUGGAUCAACUUCGAGAGCGUUUACACAGCAAGGAGGGCGGACCUGACGAACGAAGGCGCAGCAUUGAGGUGCAGCGCCGCAGGUCCCACCAGGCGCGGCGCGCCACGGUGGCAGAGCUCGCCUCCGGCGGACUGCGCUUGGAAGAGCUGCGGCGGCACAGUGAGGCACUACCCAGAGGCGGUGUCCACCGGGCCUCCUUGGCGCUGUCGCCGGUGGCUGAGCCCGAGGGGCCCGAGUGGCCUGAAGAGCCAGCGCAGACCAGCAGCUCAUCAUCCUCGAGUGCAUCAGGAUCCAAUGAGGCUGAGGAAGCGCAGACUGAGGCAGUCCAGUCGGCCCCGAGUGGUGGAGCAGCGCCAGCUCUGAGCGAUGAAACGCCAGCGGAGGGGCCAGCGAAAGGGAGUGAUGAUGAAGGAGCCGGUCGCGCUGGUCGUGUGUCUUCCGCUGCUGAGCCGGUGAAGAAGGCCUCCUGGAUACAAGAAGUGGAGUCGAAGAUGCAGAUUGAGGAGCCAUGUCAACCAGCACCCCCACACACCACCUCCGUGGCGGAGUCGCCCGUGCAGCGGGCCGUGCUGGGCUUCCGGCCAACCACGGAGCAGAUGGCCAAACGUUUGUGUGACCUGGUACUGCGCGGCGCAGUGAAGGCGGUGGAGAAUCUACUGCUGCGUUGGCAUGGCUCACCCUUGUCGAUCCUCAGCCGCAGUCCGUGUGGGCAAAGCGCCUUGGAUCUCUCGGUGAAAUCCUGCAACUAUCACAUGACCUUCGCGUUGCUCAAGCACCUGCCACCCGAGCUGCCAGAGAAUCUCGUUGAGCUUCUGAAUGGCCACAAUCCAGUCACCGGCCACAGCCUGCUGUAUGCUGCCGUCCGCUUCUCCAAUCGCCACACUCAGCAGGUGGUCCGUGAGCUCGUGCUGCGACGAGCCGACCUGAAUGCUCCGGGCAGCUCUCCGAGUCCUCAGAGCGAGUGUGCUCUCGCCUGCUGCGUUCGCCGCGCAGACGUCGCGUUGGUCGAGCAGCUCCUGGCGCAGCAGGCGGCGGUGGACGCCUGGGGUGAUGAUGGCCAGACGGUUUUGCAGAUUGCAGUGGCUCGGGGUUCUGAGGACAUUCUUAGUUCUCUUCUGUACGGCCCUGUGCCAUGUGACCCCAACUUGAGGGACCGCUAUGGCCGGACCGCCUUGAUGAUGGCUCUGCAGAAGGAUCGGCGGCCACCCUAUUCGCUCGUGUACCAACUCUUGAUCGCCUCAGCGGAAGUCGAGACCAGCGAUUUGGAGGGGAGGCAGCCCUUGUCCUACGCGGUGGGCUUGGGCGAUUCUGAGCCCUUGCGAGCGCUGCUCAACCGCCAAGCUGAUCCCAAUGCAGUGGCCAGGCCUAGAGCCGAUCCUAAGGGGCGUUUGCUGCAUGCAGCGGCAGAAGCGCGCGAUGAAGUGCUGAUUCGCUGCCUGAUAGAGGCGCGUGCCGAUGUGACUCUGGAGGGGAAGCAUGGCCGAAGCCUCCUUCAUUUGGCGGUAGGCCUCGAGCUGUCCGAAGACACGCUGGCCUUGAUCCUCGCGCACCGCGGCGACCCCAACGCCUCGUGCGGCCUGCGCGCCGGGGGCGAGACGGCCUUGCGCCUGGCCGUGCAGGCUCCAUCGGGCAAAGGGGCUGAACUCCUGCUGCAUGCACGUGCCGAUGUGAAUGGAUGCAACCUGGCUGGCUGCUCGGCCCUCCAUGCUGCCUGUGUGUCUGGGAAUUCCUGGACGGCCCAAACCCUGAUCUCCUUCGGCGCUGAUGUCGCCUCCCUCGAGAAGCGCUGGCGAUCCACGUUGGCCGCGGGCACCGCGGUGCCGGCCGCACAGGUGUCUUCCACAAAGCAACCGUCGAUCCAGACGACCAUCCAUCCCAUGCACCUCGCUUCCACCUGGCGCCGAGCACGUUGGAGACCGCAACAGGGCCGACCACGGUUCUUCCACACAGAGGAAGUGAAGGACUUCGACCCUCUCUUUCCCUUCAACCUGCCGCCCAUCCAGAAGCUUCGUAAGACCCGGUGA